GGCGUCCUCAGCGGGCUCCUGGUGAGUGUAGUCUGUGUAGUCUGUCAAUCUAUCUUCGGCACUCUAUCAUAAUCUUAAUAGUUUUAUCUAUCGUAUUAUUUCUUGGUUUCGAACCUCCAUGACUUCCGUGCUAAGGGAUGUAUGAACCUUGCGAAAAAACAGAACUAUUUGAAAAAUAUGUAUAUCUGAAGUUGAAAAAAGUGAAACCCUAAUGGCACAUGUUAAUAAAAAAAUAUGAGUGGUGGGAAAUCAAUAAAUAGAGGGGUGGAUAGAAUGAGGGUGCUGGACCUACCACGGAGACGAUACUCGGUUCCGGAAACUAUCAUGAGGAAAUACCGCCUCCGGCAGCGAGCAGAGAGCAACACGAGUAGCUCCAGCGAGGAAUGCCGCCGGAGGCGGUGCGCGGACAAGUCAAUUCAAACCAGUCCCCGGGAGAGCAUCGGGAGGACGUCCUCCCUGCCCUUCUUGGCCACACCCAGCCCCUGCGUCUGGUCCUACACGACCUCUGACUGCCAAACCGUCUCGGACCGGACUACAUCCACUCAGGAUUCUACGCUCAGUGUCCCGUCUACAACACCAGAAAGUUAUACCGCCCUAUUCCGGACUGAAGAGGCCGGAACCCAAGUCUCAUUUCCAGAUCGGACGGAUAGAACAACUUCAGUAACGGGCCUUCAAACAGAACGGACUGAAGAUACUGUUCUCGAUAUUGCUGUCAGUAUUGAAACAGAUAUGUCGGACGACACGGUAGUAGAAGCGAACAGGCGCAGGGGAGAAUCGGAUACCAAAAAGGAAGAAAAAGUAAAUACGGCUUGCCAAACUGGUAACCAUACACUCUUCAAAGUUCCUGAAAUUAAUGUGUUCAAAGAUAGUAGUGACUCACAAAGUGACGAUAAACCUUUGCAAAUGAAAGAACAGUUUUCACAAGUGACUAUGGCUGAAAUUUCUGAAGAAUUGAGACCCAUUGAAUUCCAUGAUAGACUGAGAACCGAUAUGGCAUGUACAGGAAGUAACUACGAUAAAUUCCCAAUAGAGAAUCCAGUAAUACCACGAUAUUCAGCCAUUCCAAGGACUAACUCGAUGAUAGUUAAUACAUCAUCAAUUGAUUAUUCCAGCGAUAGUGAGCUCAGCCUGACAGAUAGUUUGGAAGAUCCAGAUGAAUUUAGGACGUCGCGUCUAAGAAAACAAUCGAAACAUGAUCAAAGAAUGGUGCGUGGAGAAGUUACCAUGGAACAGGAACGUAAAAGACUGCCUAAAUCUAGGGAUGCCUAUGCAUAUUUCUUAUCCUUGACAGGGGAAGAAGAAAUUAUAAGAGAAUAUACAAUCCCAGAAUGGCUACGAAAUCGUUUAAGGAAGAGGGAACAAGAAAUAAAAAAAGAAUACGAAGACAAAUUGGUUAGGCAUCAGCAAUAUGCCCUUCACAGAAGAAGAAAGAAAACAAUAAGGAGAGUUCACCGCGUAAAUUUACAUUCUUCAGACGAAAAGACUAAUAGGCAUGAAACUAAAAUAGCAGAACCAUAUGCAAAGCAUGAGAAGAUGACAAUUUUUCAACAAUGUCCUAAUAACAACAAUAUCAAUAAAAUUAAUUUGAAUCCGGGCCCAUUAACUAAAAAUGCUUCUAUUCGAUUAGUGAAUGGAAAUAACAUGGGAUUUGAACCGAAAAUUGACAACAUCCAAAGAAAUAAGUUUAACAAUAACCACUGUAAUAACAAUAAUGGCAAUAACAAUAAUGGUAAUGACAACAAUAGCAAGGAACAAAAUCAAAGGCUCAAACAGACCGAAACAAGUCAAAGUAGCAACACUAAUCCAAAUCUUGUCCAAAUCUCUGAAAUUAUCAAAAUAGAAAUGUCUGAUAACUUGAAAACUAUUAUAACCAAAGAAAAACAGAUAAAUCUAGCUUCAGAUAUGAACUUUAAAAAAACCACCAGUGAAACAAUCAAAGAAGAAUUCUCCGACACAACGAAGAGUAUAAUGACUAAAAAUUGUGAAAACUUUUACAAAACAGAACCAACAGAUAUACCCCAGUCAACCAGCGAAAUAGAAACAAAAGAAAUUUCUAGGUCAUUAAUAUCUACAGAUGAAAUUGAUCUUGAGGAACAGAAUAGAAAAACGAAAAUAAUGGAAAAGGACUAUCUUCGUGUUCCUGAAAUAAAAGCAGAAGAUACCACUUCUAAUUCUGUCACAACAAAAAAAAAACUUAUCGACCCAACAAAAAUCAAUAGUAAAACAAUCCAAAAUGAAACAUCUCAUGCUAAAAUUGAAUUGGACAGGUCAAUUGCAGAUGUUUUAAUAACAGCUUUAGAAGAAAACACAAAAGCAAGGCAAAUGUUGAUGCGCACAUCAGAAACUAUAACAUUUUCAGAAGAGCAGACAGAUGCACAGUCCAAAAAAUUUGUUGAUCAAGGGAGUCAAAAAAAUGAAUAUGAGAACGAGGUCCAAAUUCCUACAACUCGCUCUUACGGAAUACAAACUGAUGGCUAUAAAGAAGAUAUUACAGAAACAAUUAAACGAUCUGAUAUUUCUUGCAAUACUGAACCUUACUUAGUAUCAAUAUAUGUACAAACCUCCGACACUCACGACCAAGAAGACAGCGAUAACUCAGAAUCUGACACUUAUGAAGUUGAUAUGGAGGUUGACAGUUUUGAUGAAGCUGAAAGCUCAUUGGACAUCCCAAUUACAGACGAUAGCUUAAGGAUGGUAGACAAGGCAUGUAACACUGUGGAAUCGAAAUCUAUUUCAACUCAAACCAAUAUAUCUAUAUUACAAUCAGAUGACAUUUUUAAUCGGCUGAAAAAAGAGAAAGGUGACAAAAAGAAAGACGUUCAGUUCCCACCCCAAGUUAUUAAACAGAUAAUCACAGGGACUGGAGAAUAUAAGACAGUGGAAGUACAAAGCGGUGGGAAAAGUAAAGAAGGAAGUAAAAGAACUAGGGAAGUAAAGAAAGGAAAAAUUAAUAAGGGAACAAAUACAGAUGAGCAAGAAUCAGUAACUGAAAAUAAUAAAAAUAUUAAUAAUUACAUAUCAGAUACAUUACUUAAUCGAACACCACAAACACCAAAUUGUAAAAAUAUAUUUUCUUCUAAAUCACACACAAAAAAAUCUCAAGUACUAGAACUAAAUGUUCCCAUAUGCACGUGUCAUAUGUGCACGUUACAAAGGAUUUCGCCUCGAGGAGACCAGAAAAAAUCAAAAAUUCCACAAGGCAAAAAUAAUACAGAUUCCAGAGACGAACGCAAACAACCUUCAAAGUUCACAACUAGAAGAAGCAAUUUAACUGGCCAAAUUCCUAAAUUCAGGAUGUUCGAAGCUAUUCCUGAAGAAAAAAACAGCUCAACAGAAUCUAUUCCAGAAGACAGAAUAAUUCCAGAGAAAUCAAAAGCUUCGACUCUAGAGAAAAAAGAGAAAGCCGUACUAACAGAGCCACAUCUCGUAGAUCAAAUAAUUCAAGUAAGUUCAAAUAUUGUCAAUGCAGCAACAAACACUGAACCAAAUAUUAUGGGGCCAAAUAGAACAGCUGAAGCUACACAAACUAGUGAUCAACCAAAGAGGAAGUCAAACCUAAUGAUUGGAAGAUUCAGAUCAGAAAACAGAGAAAGUCCCAUGCUGGUUAGGCAGUAUAAAGGGCGAGCAUCCCUCAGUGCUGGACAUGUGGAAGGACAAGAGGAGCUUCUGACACUCUCAAAAGGGUGGAUCAACUUCUACCUUCUCAAAGAUAACCUGGAAUUCUCAGACAGCAAUGGAGAGGAAGCAUCUAUGUGCCAAGCCCAAGUUACAGAAACAAGAAGAAGAAUACAGACUGUAGAAAAAGAAGAAGAUAAAAUAGAAGAGUACAUGGUAGAAAUACAUGCAACACCAGAGUCUGAGUCCAAAAAUAUUGGACGUGGAAGAGUCAUUCUUCCAGAGAUUAACACUUCUAGUUCUUCAUCAACUCCUGAAAGAGACAAAAAGAAGCCCAGUAUACCAGCAGUAGAAACUCUUCCUGGAGUCAAGAGAAGCAAGCGAACCAAACGAAGUCAAAUCAACCUGACAAGAGAGGCCAUCACUGAGUUGGGAGCUCGCAAUAGGGGUGGAAAAGAAAGAAUGUCUUCAAGAGCUGUAGAAGUAGCUUGCUCAGAACAAUCAAUUAGUUCAAUAACAUCUUCAACAGUGAUUCUAUCUGAAAGUCCUCCUCCUCAACAACUCAAACUUCCAGAAAGAAGAUCGCAUCAUCGCCACAGGAUUCAUAGAAGCUUACCCAAUCAUGUUAAUAAUGGAUCUAACUGGACAGUAACUGUUGCUGGAAGUAGUGGCUCUGGAAACGAUCCUCCUCCAGAUGUAGAAAUGAAGCUAACAUUUGGAAAACAAGGAAAGAAACAAGAAAAUGGGAUGCAUCAAUACCAAUAUAUAAGAACAAAGAGGCAAGAUCCAAUGAUAGAAGAAUUUGCUCAUAUGUCAAGGAAUGAAAAACACAAUCAACUUGAGUAUAACCUUCAAAAUAACCAACUUCCAAAGAGUUCUUAUGAAAGAACAAGAGGUGGAACUGCUAGAGAUAAUUUCAGUUACGAGGAAGAAUACAUCAAUCGUCUAAGCUCAAGGAGGUCAAAAUACAGUACUGAAGAUGGAAGUGAGACAACUGGAGACCUUCACGUAACAGGUCUUGCAAUAACACCGGAAAAGAAGCCAAGAGUCCCGACUCAGAGUGAAAGAGAUAUCCUCAGACCGCAGAGGUAUAAGUUUACGAGGUAGACCAACAGUGCCUUUACAAUGCUGCCUUCGUUAUUGAAUAUUUUAAGUACAAAUAUGUUACUAAUUGAUUCAAAUCCAGUAACAUGAACUAUAUUUUUAUAAAUGUUGUUUUAAUAUAUAAAUAUAUACAUAUUUAACAUUUAUUGGAGUUGUUAUUUUAACUGAUAAAAACCACUAUC